AUGACACAAAACUCUGAAAAAAUAAUUCGAUAUCUGCGAUCUGAUGCGACUCCUUUAUCAGAUGAUAAUAUACAAGAUAUCAUUAAUGCCAGAAAUUCAAUGAAACGCGCAUCAGAAGCUAUGGCUAUCAAAUAUAAAAUAUCAACAAGGCGUGUAUAUCAAAUAUGGAGAGAAAAUCAUCCUCCAAUAGAUCCUAGGGAAGUGAUAUUGCGAUCAAAUAUUGAUAUACUUAACUUAGCUAAGGACUCUAAUCGUGAUACCAAUACACCCAAUUCCACUGGGAAUAUCUUCCAUACAGAGUCUCAAGCUUUAGAUAAUACAUCAGCAAAAGUGACACAAUCAAACAAACGAAUAAGAAAACCAAGAUCUAAAUCUGUACGAAUUUCUGAUUCACCUAAUAUUAUCAAUGGGGGUGAUAUACCCAAUAUCUUAACAAAAAAAGCGGGAGAGGAAGAUGGCCUAUACACUUUAAUCGAACGUAAUCGUAAAGAAAUAGAAGAAGCUGAACGUGAAUCAGAAAGGAUUUUAGCCAUAAAGUGA